GCUAAACUAAGGGAUACGAGAAGAAAGCCUAACUGCUCCAAUACUUCCUAUCACUUGAGGUACGCUAAAUCUCUCUGUACCUUAUAUUUUGGGUCUGAAGACCCAGUAGGCACGUUAUCGAUUACCUAGCUCCAGUUUUGAUGCUGAUGUUGUCUAAAAUGGCCUCACACCCCAGCUGGUACGUAAAGGAUAAGAAAGUGAUGUUGUUUACAAAACUGUCCUUUAAUUCAUCUUAUUUUAUUUUAUAUACAUUCACACAUGCUACUAUUCGAAGAUUUGAAGGAAAUGGUCCGGAAAUAAGGCUGGAGCCAGAGGGGGCUUUAUGUAUAAUUAGUAUUCUUAUUGUAAGGAGAGUUCAUUCAAAAAUCAUUUUUCACUCCUUUAGGAUCUAUGCUCUAUAUUGGUCCUCGAAAAGUAUGAUAAAAUUGCGAUAUAUGCAUGAGAAAGAGGCAAAAUAAGUCUCGAUCAGCAUUCCAGUCUGAAAACACAGAAUAUAGCUGGCUGUUAUGCAGGUGUUGAUUGAAGACUCACAACUGGUCUUUAACAUUAGUUUGCGAGAGUUGUUUUGAUCAAGUCUGUGGGGGUUUGAGUUUUUCAGUAGAUCAAUCUGAAAGGCAACCAAAGCAAAUGUCUACCGAUCUGUACGUAACCACACACAUGCUUUGAAUCUUGUCUCUGCACAUUCCAUAGGGAUUAUCUGUGUUUUAUUCACAUAGGAAAAAGUUAAGUUCAGAGUCUUGGCUAUUUUUAGCCAAAGAAAGUUGUACCUUUUCACAUGAAAAUACGAGGCGAGUAAAAAGUCCACCGACACGCUUCAAUUCGUUGGAAUGCCUUGGCAUGUCUCGCUUAAAAAGGACGCGAUAUAUUUCGUUUAUCUGGAGACCUGUUUUGAAAUUGGUUGUGUAUUGAGUUUGAAUUUCGAGUCAUCGAUAACUUUGUUAUUUUAAGCAUGUGAGAUGAGGAUAUAUAUUUCUCAUCCAUGUUAACAAUGAUGAUACUAAUUAAAAAAUAAUGAAUGUUUAUGUUACUCUUAGUGGCAUCAGUCUCUGUGGUGCACCCAGGAUUCCGUAAGAAAAAUUUCCAAAAAGACUCGCUGAAACUUGAAGGCUUUAGUCGUGCAGACCUAAGGGUCAAAAUAUCAUUCUUUAAGUCGAAUUAUGUCUAACAAGCUUAUCAAAAGUCUUAAAAGACUUAUCUGAAAAGUUAAACGUCUUAGACAUUUGAACGUCUUGUGGAAGUCAUAGGACUCGCCUGUUUCACCCGCGCCGAGACAAAGCUUUCUUUUCUUUUCUACUCUGACUUGCAAGGUACGAACCCUCAAUUGUUUCAAAUCCUGUGCUAAAAAGCUUUGUAGUUAGGGCUAUGAAAUCCUCUUCCCGGCCAGGAAGCCAGGGAAAACCCAGACAUCAAUAUAUGUGUUGUGUGUGGAUCAGAUAUUCACUACAGUAAAGCUUUGUAGAGGGAGUUAGACUCUUGGCAAAAUCUGCAGCUUUGUGUGACUGUCUUCAGUCUCUAAGCUGAAAUUCAAGAACAUUUUGAGGCCACCCUAGUCUAAAAAGGAGCAAGAAAAGGUGACGGGCAUGUUGAUAUUGUUUCUAUUAUCACGCGGGCACACAAAACGGAGUCGAAUUUCCCCAACAAAGUUCAAUAAUAAUGAAAACCCCUAGCACUGACAUGGCUGAAUUUUGGUGGUAACUAGGGUCACAUUUUUUGAUGUGAGAACUAUUGAAGCUAAAUGCUUAGAUAACAACAGACGAGUUAUACCUAUUCAAAUCAAUAUGAUCUCGUAAAGUUAUUAAGCCACGUUGUUGAAACUGCCACGAGUUUAUCUUUUAGGGGAAAUAAUGGAGAAUGAGGCGAAUAAAAAUUGAAAGGAAGGAAGGAAGGAAGGAUCAAAAAAAUGAAACCACAGUCAGGUGCAUCUUAGCGUGGUCGGACAUUAUUGUGACUUUAUCUAAUCUUUAUCUCUUUACUAACCCUUCACUUUAUCUUUUUAAUAUUCUUCAUAUUUGUUUUCUGAUGUUUAUCAUCACUAACCCGCCGUCAUUUCCACGGAGGUCAUCGCUCUCCUGACCUGCUUACCCUGUUGUAGUUUUAUCUUGGCCAGUCACAGUUCAGACACUAUCCAAAGAUGUCUUACAAAAGUAAUUGUGUUUAGACUCGCUUCGUACCUGUGUCUGUCUAUCUUUAAUAGCCGAUGCUAUCAAUUUUCAACUGUUUGAGUACUGGGUUAAAAAAUAUGAACCUGUAGAUAAUUGGAUAGACUAAAAUCUUUGCAGAUGAGAUGCCAAAACUGACCAAAUAUUGUAAACACAUGGAAUUUGAUAUGAACUUCACCCUUGAUACAUGUAUCCCUGACGUAAAGUGGUUAUCCACGUUUCACAUGUGUGACUAGUUAACAGCGCAUUAGACUCAAUUUUGGAGACGACAGGUUCGUGCAAAGGCCAAGACAAUCCGUCGUCACAUGAUCAUCAAGUUUUUUUCUUAUCAACAUGCAAGUUUGCCGUUGAAGGCCUUCCUGGUCUAUGAUAGUUGAAUUUGCAAAUUUCUAGAGAUAAUGGUUCACUUUAUAGUUUGUUAUGCAUGAACUCUUGGCAAGUAAUAUUUGUGGAAAUCAGUAUUAACCAUCGAAACGGAUACAAAAGUACUUAAAUUAUGUUCAAAUUAUUUGAAAUCAUUGUAAAAAUAUUGCGCUUUUACUAUACGAGUUCAUGUUUCCAGUUAAAGAGCCUCUUCUGGGAUCCUGAUCUUUUGAGGUUGGUAGUUGCCGGGUACCCCAUUAUGACAAGUAAAAUAAUAACUUAAGCUUAAAACAUGAAUCUUGCCACAUGUUUUUCCUGUAAUAACCAAAAAGGGGAUUGAAAAGUUUCUAGUUCUUGGCAUGUUCCUUUCACGAGACUUCCUAGUCAAGGAGGAUAUACUCGUAUAUUUAAGUUGUUUACAGAUCUACCAUUAACACAUGACUAUACCUACCUACAUUUCGGCUGUUUCCUAAAUGAAUUUUCCUUCAAUAAGUAUUUCUGUAUGAAACAGAGGACAAGCGUAAAUCAAAGGCUUUUAGAAUAACACUGAAUAUUUAUUGGUCGUUUGCUUGCAUUUAGAAGAUGAGAGUUAAUUAUAGUGUGUAUAUAAGUAAUGUUACUAAAAGAGUUGACCAGACUGAAAUAACACAAUCCGCAGAGUUCAUUAUCCUGGAAAAUAUUCGGACAGGUAUCAAUUGAUUUCUUUGUGCUGAGAAAAGUUCCAAGGAUUAAUUUUUUCCUUCUUAAGAAUACUUUAGAAAAACAUCCUUGCCAGUCGUUUGGUUGAAUUCUGAUUUCAUACGAUUUAAUUAUCGAUCAUUGAUACAUUAAGUUUAUUUAAUUCGCAAGUUUGAAACUACGUCAAAACUGUAAGGUACAGGAUACAACUUAUAUUUCAAUCAUCCAACGUAAGACUUAAGCUCAAUUCUCGAUAUUAUCCAUUUUAAUGGACCUAAAAAAAACCUCUUACUUUCGCUAAAAUCUUUUUAUUUUCCAAACAGUUUGGCUUAUGCUUUCAACACCUCUUUAAAACCCGAGGUACAAAAAAUAAAACUAAAAAAGUAAUUCAGAUUGUGAAACAUUUUAAAUGUGCACCUCAUAGCGAUAUUUUGGAAGGCAGCGAAUUAUCUAAAGCUCUGGACACCAGCUUCAUGCUGAUUUACGCUCUCGUUCUAAGCCUUAUCACCAUCUAGGUCAGUUAUACUUUGCAAUGCUCGUCUAAUACAAAACUUAAAAGCAAAUUAGACAGUUAGCAGAAUCAGUCAAUAAAAAACCAGCAGAUAGAUACCUAAGAAGUAAACCUCUUUUUGAAAGAUCCAUAAACGUGCGAAUCAUAUUAUUCAAUGACAUCUGACACCUUUCAGAGCUGUUUUGAGCAAACUAUGCAGAUACUUUGGAAAUUCCCUAUUUAUUUUCAAAAUGGAACCAGUAGUAGCUCUUGAAAUAUUGUUAGGAUACCUAAGUAUUUUUCAUGAAUUUUUUUUUUAAUUGACGGUACUUAGGAUCUGACCGCCAGGCAUGUUUCAUUGUGAGUUUUUAGUUCCAGACAUAACGCUUGAAAUUUUACUUCAAGGAUUAAUUCUCGCUUUGUCAAAAUACAUAUUUGUACAAAUAAACACCAAAAAAUUAUCCAGUAUUCUUCGGAUGCGACAUUCUGGCCAAUUGGGUUCGGAGAUCUGUUAAUCUGUAGGUGAACAUUUGACAGAAACCCGAGGGGUUUGAGAAAACCCAGGGAUACUCGUACUUUUGAAAGUUAUAGCCUCAUUAGUCCUGUCUGAGACACUUACCCAAUCUGUGAGUAUUCCAAAACAGAAAUAAGACAUCUCUGGGAUGUUACAAGGGGUCUUGCCUUUUACAUCUGCAUCUUUUCAUCUCAGAUCACGCGACAGAACUUAGAUACUUAGGAAUGAUAACUCUAAGCCAACUGUUUAUACUUUGAGAAAAGGGGCGUCUCCACUUAAUCACAAGAAAUCUGUACGAUCUCCGAAUAGCCUACGACUCUGUCUGCUCUAAAGGUCGGCUAAUUGAAAACUAUUCCGGUUAGACGUGUUAACGGCAUCGAUGAAAUAUACCUUUGAUUUAUUAUAUUUUCUGUCCCUUAUUGCAGACUCUAUGGCGGUUCACAUGGACUAUAAAACAUAAAUCUCCUUGUUGUCAAACUCAUGACUGUCCCCCCUUCCCCCCUGCUAGGUAGCAAGCUUUUCAUCUGUGCCGGUAAAUACCACUUACUGAUAACUGCAGGAUUCCACUCCACUGUCGGCAAUAAGGGUCUGAACCAACGUCAAAACUGACACUCAAAGCCACGCCUAUGGAAAAUGUCUUAAAAUAAGCAUACUUUUAUUUAUUUCAAAUUGUUGCUUUUUUAAAGAGAAUAGAAAAUAAAUUUUCCUGAAGUGAUAUGCACGUUACAAAAGCCAUGGUUCUAAUCUAGUUUGUGAUUGGUCGUCUUUAUUCUCAUAUUUGCGCCUAAUCUGCAGCAAGUCAGAACACAAAACAUGCCAGCUUAUAACUGAUUGAUUUACAUUCUCUGACGAAGGGAUUAUUCCUAAAGUUGACAGUUUCCCAACUUGGCAGCGCAAUGUGACAUACGAAUCACUCCGCCCGAGAUUAGCUGCAUAGAGAUAAAGAAUUAAGGAAUUGGAUUCAUAGUAAACUUAUUGUUACUUUUUCAUCGGCUUCAAAAGUACGUUUCCGUUUCUAGACGUUUAUGUUUGACCCAGUGAAAACGAGUUUCCUGCUGAGGUUCAAGUUCUUGAGGUAAAGCAAUACUUGUUUAUCUAAAGAAGGCUAGUUUUGGCUAAAAAAAAGUCAUUUGUAUUGUUAAUUGCAGUGGUUUGCUUCCUAGUUAUCUUAGAUAACAACACCAGAUAAAUCAAAAAUUACGAUGAACCGUUGAUGGGGUGAAAUAGCUUAGUAAAUAGUUGAUCUGUUUGUAAGAAAAUGUUGACUUAUCAUCAGCAAGGGUGGUAAGCAACGAGAGGUGGGUGAGCAAGAAUCUAACAAGAAAGUAAAUCACUUUAGCCAUUAAAAACUAAUUAAGAAGAGUAUGAUGAUGUCUGAGCCAAUAGUAGAAAAGAGACUGGGACCAUUGGCGAUGUUACCGGAAUGUGCCGUUACUUGUGCCGAUGUUUCGCAGUUUGACUCUGCUAUUUCUACAUGGUAUCAAAUUAAACAACCCUUUGUUGAAAUAAGUAGGUAUUAUAAGCCUCAACUAAAUGUACUGAUAUGAGUAUUACAAAUAUACACAUAGGUAUGUACUAUAUGUAUGGUCCUCACUAUUGCCAGUUGAACUGGCUCAGGUGCAGUAACUUCUGCUCCUUCUUGACGGAAUGCUUUAAAAUCUUUGAUGAUACAUCAUGUAAGAAAUACUAUUUACUUAUUUACAAUUUGGAGCUCAUCGUCUGAAACGUGUCAGCUUAAGGAAUUUUUUUCAUUUUAUUUGUUUCCUAGUGUCUCAAAAGAUUGUAGAUUCUAACACAAAGGAUAUGUUACCUUUCCGUGCACUGCACCACGCAUAAUUAAGAAUGAUUUCCGUUCAUAUUUCUCCAGUGAAUCCACGAAGGUGUUAAAUUAGUCACUUAAUAAACUAACCUCCAAAAAAUGAUGAUUUCUUGCCAAGGUAGUGAGCGGCUGGUUCCGUUUCACGCAAUAAACUUUCUCGAAAGUGCUUUAAGUGGAAUUAUAUGACAUGAAUCACCUUCAAAAUAUGUCAAUAUCGAGAAGUUUUCAUCUGGGUGUUUAUUCAAGCCCGUAAAAGACUUCUUUCAUGGAUAGCAAUGCAUGCCUGUCAAAUACGUGGGCGAGGAACAGUCGUAUACUUCAUUAAAAUGAAACUGCCAGCUGAUACUUUGUGUGUACCUACCAGUCAUCAAAAUAGCUUUCACAGCAUUUGUUUAGGAACAAGUUCUUCGUGACACUUGUAAAAUCAUAAUACUUAAUAAUAGAUUUUCAAAGGAGAUAUUAAUAAACUUAUUAACAUUUUCACACCAGCUAAGCCCAUGCUAGAAAAAACGGAGACACUUAUGUCACAGCGAAAGCUCAGUAAAGCGACUGCCCUCCGACGGGAAUUAAGUAAUUAACGAGCUGUUAGCGUCCGUUUAUGGGCAGCCAAGUUCCCACCAAAUAAGUGUUUUGGCUACUUGUAACCUAUUGUGCGUGGGAUCGAGUGAGAUGCUUUAAAGAAGAGUGUCCUCUAGUCAGAGAAGCCAGUUAUGUUCUGGCUCAUGAAAAUAACAUCAAUGACAUGCGAGAGCUAGACUAUAGUGACACUUUGUGGAGAACAAGCGUUGCCGUCGCUCAUUCUCUUGUUUUUACUUUAAAAUUGUUCAUAUUUUAAUCGUUUCACGCCUUGGCCUGAUGUCAAAUAGUCUCAUGAGUUUCCUUGCGGAAGCCAUUUUGAAUGGCGCCAAGUUGUUCCCGUUUUCAAAAUAAUUCGCGGUAAACGUAAGAAUCCGCCCGUUAAUGAGCUCUUUUUUUUUUAUUUCGGCGUGAAAGUGCUUAGGGAAGUAUGGAAUUCUUUAUCUAUGCGUUGCUGAGAUAUCCUUUAACGUUUUUACCGGAGUCGAUACAUUGUUGUUGAGAGUCAGAGUGUGUCUAAUUGUAUUACACGUUGAUUAAUUACCGCCGACACAAUUAAUGUGUCUCUUAGUUCUUCGUCGGCCAUUUCCUGCCAUUAAUCACCACGUUUAAGAAUCACCUGAGUGUUGCUGUUAAAACAAUUUUAAAUGUCAGUCUCAUUCUACUGCAUACAUAUGAAAAGAUCGGUUAAAUUCAGACAGGUCAUCAGAAAGUUUCCGCAUUUUGGUAGAACAGUUUUGGUUCUGACAGCUUUUCUAAGUGUGAGACUAUCUCAACUUGUCAACGCCCUGCUGUGGGUUUUGUUUACGAGCAUUUUUCGGGCGUAAUGUGGCAUGUUAUCGAUACAGACAGACCAAUAUUUGCAAAGUAUACUUUGUUCGUGUGUAAUUGUGUAACUCAGACCGUCUAAGAGGCACGCAGCUCUCACGGAAGAUGUUUACUCUAAGUACAGUAGGAGGUGGGAAUGUUUAUCGAAAACACCCAUAACGAAAAGUGUCAACAAUCCAAAUAUCUGCACGUCGUGAAGAAAUAUCAAAGAAAUUUUUCGAAGCAGAGAUAGUUAGUAUGUUAAAAAAUUUUUGUAUCCACCCCCGGGAAGCCACAAGCGAAACGUUUUUUAAGGCGAGCGGGUUUCGAAAGGUUUUGAGCCUGAUUAAUGAGCUGUGAAUUAGUUUACAGACUGGGUGGUAAUAAGGCUACCAGAAGUGAUGAAAGGAUUGUGUAAUUGUUUAAAUUUGAGCUUCACACCAUACAGCGUGUUCUCACGCACCUUAAUGAUCUUGCAAGUCGUCUUAAGAUCUUUCUGAACUAACCGAAGUGCGCACGACGAAAAUUGCUGUCGAUCAAGUCAGUGAUGACCGCUGUCGCUUCUAAUUCGUCACAGUUUACUUUGAAAAGACUAGUUAACCACCGAUAAACCCUGCAUUGUGAUAUAGUUUAACCACCUCUCGAGCUAACUCUCAGUAAGGAAAUUCUCUACAAGUCAAUUUUAAAGCCGCUUUGCAGUUAUUUAAGCUGAAUAAUCUCCAAAACAAAUCUUGGCUAGGGCACUAUAAUGCCACGGUUUCAGUUAAGUCGUGUUGAACAAGAGAAUAGAAGCUUUGCCUCAUGAUCCGUGGAAUAUUCUAAGUUUGUUGCCCCAAUCACCUGAAAUACUUUAGAGAUAAGUUAUCGAGAUAACUUUGCCACUUUAUGGGGCAUUUUAUACAGAUAAGAAGCGAAGGCAUUUUGUGACAUGUGCAAAACAUAAGAAUACACACUUUAAUCACAUCAAACAGAUGAAUUCUCUGGCGGCACAUUGAAGAAUUUUCUUUGUGUUUUUACCGCGGUCAAGAAGAUAGAUGACUUAACAGGAGCUCAGCUGGAAAAAAUGUCCUCGCCUGUCCUCGCAGGAAAUGCUUCUUUAGUAUUUAUAGCUCUACAUGCAAGGAUAUGUCCUAUUUCCGGCUAAAAAUCUUGAAAACAUUUUUACACCGCAUUUCAAGACUAUGUAAGCUAUGAGUCAAUUUUGACACCUUUCAUCUGGCUUAUGUGAAAUCGCUUCCUAGAAACCUCUAAUGGACUCGACAAACUUUCUGUUCACCUCAAGUGGGCAAAUAUUGGACCAUUCUAAUGUUAAUGCUAUCCUCCAUUCAUUUACUUUGUAAAGACUUUUAUGAGCAGUUUUUGAUUUGCGUAAAUAUCAGUGUCCAGGGAAACAAAAGAUUUCGAACCUAUCAAUACACAGCUUGCCCCUCCAAAGAUAUCUCUGUUUAUUGCCUCAGCGAGCCAAUCAGGUGACGCCAGAGUAAUUUAAUUUAGAAAUAUCGUAUUACCUAGGAACCAAUCCGAGACUUUAUAAUCACACGGGUUUUUGAUAAAAUCGCAUCUUUAAACACAAUCACAGUUCAACCAAUUAGUGUAUGUGAAAUGGUCUUUGUCUCUGGGGCGUAACAAGAGAAAACGUUAAUUGCUGCACAAUAAAUAAUGUUCGAUCGUUUUACAGGCUUGAGAUGGUAUAAUCGCAACGAAACAGCCAAGCCUGGGUUACGUGUCUAAAUCAAGUGGGCAGGAAGUCUUGAAAAUCUCGGACACUUUUCAGUGGCGAAGGAAGAUGAAAUGCAUGUGUCUGUUGUACCUCUUGCCGAUCGCCUUCUUCAGGUUAACUGAUUCUUGCUGCGUUGAUUCUUCGAGCGGUCUCAAGAGAAAAUGGGAGCUGUGGACACAUCCAAUCUUACGGAAACGUUCGGUGGAUAUCGCUCAAAAACGCUUCCUCACGGCUUUGGGACUUGAAGAUUUUCCAAAGCCGGGACGACAUGUCAUUCCGCACAAAUUUAUGUUGGAAAUAUAUAGAAACUUAUCUCGCGGAAACUACAAAGGGAAUCAAAGUUAUGAUAUGUUGCCGAGUACAGUUGUCGGAAUAGUUGAUCAAGGUCAGUUUAUUAUUAUCUUGGAGGGUUUUUAGUAAGUGUUUGUCAUUGUUUGUAUUUGUUUUACGAUGUUGCCAAUCUCGUAUUUCUUUAGUUGAUUUAAGUUUCUUAUGUGAGCGAUUAAUUGAUUCUCCCUGCCUAAUUUCCUCUCUUCUUUGUCAAUUUUUUGCAGAACGCGGUUAUGAUUUAGCGACCCCGACCAGUCAACAAGUGUUUCAUUUUAACGUUAGCAAAGUGCCUUCUCGGCAAGCUAUUAUCGAUGCCGAGUUACGAGUAUUAAGAUUAGCGACAGUUAAAGAGAAAUCCUUUACUAGUAAGCACGGCACAACUUACAGAGCAAAGCUUUAUGGCAAGCGCAUCACAGAUAUGCCAAAUUUAACUCCGUUCGAGCCUUCAUCGCACCACGACCUUCUCGAUUCACUCGAAUUUGACAUUUCUGAUGGCUUAGAAGAGAACUGGAACGUGUUCUCUGUCAAGAAAUCGAUUGAAAAUUGGCAAAAAGCGAGAGAAAAUUUUCACGAGUUAGAGUUACGCGUGGAAUCUGCGCUGAGUGGCGAUCUCAUCCCACCGGAAGAACUGGGGUUUUCUAAAACCGGGCGCCUUUAUAACAAGCACGCUCUCCUCGUGGUAUACGCAGCUGAUCGAAAGUCUCCUGAUCUUAUCCGGAAGCCUGUCUCGAACGAGAACAAAGCCGUAAGUAACGCAAUAUCACCGGGAAAAAGUGUUGACCCAAGACAGGACAAAUACACCUCCGAUCUUGAACACAGCCGGGUACGGCGAGACGCGAGAUCCAAAUCCGGGGGAAACAUGAAGAAGCGGAGCCGAGGAACGAAAUCAAAGCGUCGGCGAAAAAAGGAUUCCUGUCGCAGGAAACCUUUGUAUGUGGAUUUUAACCAGCUGGGCUGGUCUACCUGGGUUAUUGCUCCGAGAGGGUACAGUGCGUAUUUUUGUCAGGGACUUUGCGAGUUUCCUAUAGACAAUCAUUUAAAACCUACUAACCACGCAACAGUACAAACGAUUCUGAACUCUGUGGCUCCUUCACUCGCUCCUCAAGCCUGCUGCUCACCCAAUAAAUUCAGUGCAAUUAGUAUUCUUUUUAUAGAUACAAGUGACAAUAUUGUGUAUAAGAAGUACGAAGAAAUGGUGGUAGAGCGAUGUGGUUGCAAGUGAACCGACGGCAGACAUGCACACGAUGUAGUGAGUGAUAGCCGUUUCUAACCCUCCCAGCUCAGUUACAGGUGCUGAGUUCUCCAUGUUCAGGCAGCUCGCGCGGCUUAAGUAUCACUGUUUUUAUUAAAUCAUCACCUCUCCGGGAGUUUAGCGCUGAAAUUGUGUACUAUUCUCACCAUCCGGCGCUAUUUCAGAGUGUUCUCGAGCUCUUCGCACACUUUCAACACUUGAGAGUACAUUUCCCGCAUAUAUCUUCCACGUUGCGGGGUCAGAAUGUUUCAUGCGUAAGGUCGGGCUGUGUUUACUCAAUUUCUUGAACACCGAGAUGAUUUAGUUUGCAUAAUCCUAUUAAAAUUAUCAACGAUAUUGUUUAUGAACUCCGAUGGAUUCUCUAAAAUGCCUCUGGAUAAACUGACAGCUAGACAAGUCUCUUCCGAAACCACUGAAAAGGACUAAGCUGGCGUAUUUCAGCCGUUUGACGGUGAAACAAUGUUCACAUCCAAAGAUUUUCAUGUAUAUUAACUGUAAUAUCGUCAUAGAUUAUUAUUCCACUCCAGGAGUUUUAUCACCUCUUUAUUUUUAUCAGAUGACAAACGUCUUUUUAUGUCAAAAAUGACUACACAUCAUUAUUAUACUGAAAAGUAUUUAUGCGUAAUUUUCCCUCUCGUAUUUUGUCAAUAAUUUUCAUAGAUAAUGGUUUGUUGGCGUUGGUGAAUCGGCUGCCCAACCAAACAACAAUGACGAAGUUUAUCCAUGAUUAGCGAACAAUCGAUUUCUGCGUUUUAUUACCUUGGUCGAAUGUAAAUACUGAAUAAAUUAUUUAAGACUUCAAAAGGAACGUAGAAAAGGUCCGUGUUGCAAUUGUUGAACUAUUUUUAUCUCCGAAAACGUAGACAGCUCCGUUAGUGUAAUAGAAAUUAUUGUCUAAAAAUAAAACGACGCUUAAUUCAGCGUGUGGGUAUACAUGUGUAUAUGAGUGUUGGGAAUCGUGUAACAACUACUUGCUGCGAAGUGACAAUUGCUAUGUAAUGAAUACAGUUUUUUUCAAGCCGAACCAAUUGUACUCUCCACGUUAUCGUCGGCUAUUUGACGAAAAAAACCGUUUUCAACGUGCUCUUUUAAAAGUGCUUAACUCGAUCCAAGGGGGAGUGGAGGCGUACAAAAGCACCUUACAUAUUUGAGGAUAAAUUGCUAAAGUGUGCCGUAACCGCAGCAUCGUCUGUAUCACCAUUAUCUUCUACACCGGAAAGAGAAUAUGCAAGGAUAGAUAACUGAAAUGAGAGAUGUCCUACACUCGAUUUGAUGUAAUUUUACUAUGCGAUAACAAAGUACUAAAGGUUAUCUUUUUGUCGCAAGGAAACUGCAGGGCCCUUAUCUGAAGAUAAGCCUCAGUAUGUACAAAGGAAUUCUUUUGGCUCGUGAUAAAAGAGGCCUGUAUACCUCAAAUCAGCAGUACAAUUGAAUCCGAAGUAUGUCGUUAGAGCACUGCAAAGAAAGAAUUCAUUUAAGAGCUUUAAAGUCAAUGAUUUUAUUGAUCCUGCAGCAAGGAGUUAACGAUUAUUAUUUGGGCUUAAAACUCAUUCCAACACAAAGCUUUCACAAAACAAAAGGAAACAUAUUUCUCUUCAACGUAAACAAUCAGGGUUGACCAAAAAGAUAGUAUAUCUUCCUUGGCCGUCAACACUCUCAAAACAUUCCGUGUUUUUUCGAUGAAGUUGAAUGUUUGUUUCUGGAAAGAAGAGAUUGAAUAGCAUACUGGCAUUAAUGAAAUUCUCAGCAUUUGGGUCGAACAUGCCUUCCCGUAUUCAAAUAAAGUACC